AUGAAGAUCGAGGAGGGAUUCAAACAGCCCGAGCAGCCCACGGAGCACCCUUUCGUGCAAGAUCCCGUCCUCCCUGCACUUGUUCAGCGGCUUUUCCCGGAUGAACAGAAGUCGGAAGUUGGUCGAGCCCUCGCCAACUUAGGCGACCAUCUCGUUGCGGACGUUCGCCCCUUGACACCCCUCGUUCAUGCCCCAGUAUUGGUGCAGUAUGAUGCGUGGGGUCGUCGUGUCGAUGAGCUUCGAGCCUCAGAAGGCUGGAAGCUGCUGAAACAGCGCGCAAUAGCUGCUGGACACAUGAAAGAAGCGUAUUCAAGAGACUCGGGAGAAUACUCCCGUAUACGGAUGUUCAUGAAACUCAUGAUGUCUGCAGGGGACUACAACGUUGUGUUAUGCCCAUUUGCGAUGACGGACGGCGCUGCUCGCGUGAUAGAACUGUAUGGCUCUCCCGAGAUGAAACGAGUUCUGUUCCCCUGCCUUAUCAGCGAUGACCCGGAGAGAGCCUAUCUUUCAGGGCAGUGGAUGACAGAGCGGCCCGGAGGCUCCGACGUAUCACAAACAGAGACGGUGGCGAUUCCAACCUCACGCGUAUCAUCUGAUCUCGGUGAGCCUUACAUCUUGAAUGGUUUCAAGUGGUUCUCCAGUGCCGCAGAAGGCCAUAUGACCAUCGCUCUGGCUCGUACCGGAGAUUCGGCACUUGGCGCUCGUUCGCUGUCAGCUUUCGUCAUUCCUCUGCGAACAGCAGACUUCCCUUCUCCCCUAUCGAACGGUAUUCGAAUGCAUCGCCUCAAGAAUAAAUCCGGAACGCACGGUCUUCCGACUGCAGAGCUCGAGCUUAACGGCACUCGGGGAUGGUUGAUCGGUCCCCUGAACGGAGGGAUCAAGACGAUUUCGACUAUGCUGAACAUCACGAGAGUAUACUCCGCCAUCACUUCUGUCGGCGCAUUGCAGCGGGCGUUGUCGAUCGCCCGCUCGUAUGCAACCGUGCGGACGAUUUAUUCCCCCGGGAUUCCGGGAGCCAAGGAUGCCCUUCUCAAGGACCUUCCCAUCCACACCGCCACGCUUGCGAAGAUCAGCCUACUCUACCGUGCCUUGGCACACUUGACGUUCGGUGUAGUACAGCUUCUUGGUAAAAAUGAAGCGGGGACGGCCACAGCAGGUGAGAUGGGCCGCUUGAGGCUCCUCACCCCUGUCAUCAAGGCCUGGGCUGCGGACAAGUGUCCAGAAGCUAUGAUGGAAUGUAUGUGCGCAUUGGGUGGACAAGGUUAUAUGGAAGAAGUGGGGAUCGGGCGGCUGAUCCGUGACGCGAUGGUGGAGAAAAUAUGGGAAGGGACCAUCAAUGUCCUGUCUUUGGAUCUACUCCGCGCUAGCAAGGAUGCUUCCGCGGUCCGGAGCUAUAUCCAGUGGGCAGAAUUACUUCUCUCGCAGGUGCCUUCUGCGCUUGACAGCGCCUUGUCUGAUGUCAAGUCGAGCCUUACGGCCUACCUGAAGGCAUUGCCCCCAAUGUUCGACGCGGCUCGCCAAGACUCCACGCUGGCUCGGCCGGUACUUAAUUUCCUCGGUUGCCUAUCGGCCUCGUUCUAUUUGCUCGAGCAUGCGAUCUGGUCUUACACCAACAAUCGUCCGGAGAAGGAUAUUGAUGUCGACGCCGUCCGCCGCUGGAUAAUGCAAGGCGAAUUGCCUCAGUCAUUCAGCGAAGUUGAGAACUCCGUUGGGAACGGCACAUCACCCGACGCCGUAGAGAAGGAUUAUCAGCUGGUAUACGGGAUGGCGCACGGGAAAGCGAAGGCGAUGUUGUAGUCAACGAUAAUGGCAACUUCCCGUUUUCUCCGAAUAGCAUCUACCUUCGUCAAGCUCAACUCGUGGUCGUAGUUAGUUUCCCUAUGUACGAUAGCCGGUGGUGGAUGUUGCUAUUUUGGCUACCGAUGGAUAUGAUCC